GGUUUGGUCAACGCGCAGUCGCCUCGACUUUCCUGGCUCUCCUCCCGCGCCAGCGAGCGAGGGACGGCUCUCAAAGACUCAAACGAAACAGAACAGCCUUGCUCUGCUCUGCUCGCCUGAUAGCACCCACGAACCAAAACCAACGCUCCGCGUCCAGCCGUCCACGCUUCCAAAAAUUUCCCCUGCCCUCACGCGCCCGCCGGCCGGCCCGGGGCAGACGGACGACUUCGUCUUCUCCUCUUCCCAGGAGGGCCUGCUGGCAGAAGAGGCCAUGAAGCCCCGCGACUUCCUGGACCGGAUCAGGCGGCCCUUCUUCUCCUCCUCCCGCAGCGCCGACGCCGCAGCGUCGAGGCGGGAGGAGGAGGACCUGGAGGCGAUCGCGGCGCGGGAGCAGCGCUCGUUCCGGUACGAGACGCUGGCGGCGGCGACCCGCAACUUCAGCGCCAAGCAGAAGCUGGGGCAGGGCGGGUUCGGCCCCGUGUACCGCGGCAGCCUCGCCGACGGGCGGGAGGUGGCCGUUAAGCGGCUCGGCGCCGGGUCCAGGCAAGGGUCCCGGGAGUUCCGGAACGAGGCCACGCUCCUCUCCCGCGUCCAGCACCGCAACGUCGUCAACCUCCUCGGCUACUGCGCGCACGGCGCCGACGAGAAGCUCCUCGUCUACGAGUACGUCCCCAACGAGAGCCUCGACAAGAUCCUCUUCUCAGCCGCCGGCGCCGCCCCACCGCCAGCCAACAACCACACCCACUCCGGCAGCAGCAGCAGCGACGGCGACAGGCCACGGCGCGCGGAGCUGACAUGGCCGCGGCGGCACGAGGUGGUGGUGGGCGUGGCGCGCGGCUUGCUGUACCUGCACGAGGACGCGCACACGCCCAUCAUCCACCGCGACAUCAAGGCGAGCAACAUCCUCCUGGACGACCGGUGGGUUGCCAAGAUCGCCGACUUCGGCAUGGCCCGCCUCUACCCGGAGGCCGGCGACGGCCGCUCCCACGUGCAGACCCGAGUCGCGGGCACCAACGGCUACAUGGCCCCCGAGUACCUCAUGCACGGCCACCUCUCCGCCAAGGCCGACGUCUUCAGCUUCGGCGUCCUCGUCCUCGAGAUCGUCUCCGGCCGCAAGAACUCCUCCUUCAUCCCGCCCCCCGGCUCCGACUCCGACAACCUCCUCGAUUACGCGUGGAAGCUGCACAAGAAGGAGCGGAGCCUGGAGCUGCUGGACCCGGCCGUGAAGCCGUCGGCGGUGCCGGAGCAAGUGCUGCUGUGCAUCCGCAUCGGGCUGCUGUGCGUGCAGGCCGACCCGCGGCUGCGGCCGGACAUGAAGCGCGUGGUCAUCAUCCUCUCCAAGAAGCAGAGCACGCUGGAGGAGCCAACGCGGCCGGGGGCGCCCGGCUCGAGGUACAGGAGGAGGGCCCACGGCCACAGCCUGCGCAGCUCGCAGUACUCCGAUGGGUCGUCGUCCGGCACGACCCCCUCGACCUCCGUGACGUCGCACGCGUCGGCAUCGGCUUCGGCUUCGAACGCGAUGACGACGUCGAGCACGCACACCUUGCGGAGCCAGGGACUCCCCUCGCAUCGCGAAGAGCGGGAGUUGCCGCCCAACAGCAGCUGAAUUAAGCUCACUGUACAUAUAUAUAUGUCCAUUCUCUUCCUUCUUUGUCCCUUUUGGUGUGUGAUCCAAGAUGAGUAGAUAGCAGUAUUGUUUUUGUAGUCCGUAGGAAGGGUCUAUUGGAUUAUUUUAGAGUGCUGCUAGUUCAAAACCAGGGUGAAAGCACUAAAGCUAUCGGCCGAUCGAUUUGUUGCAGAAUGACAGAGAAUGUAAUGUGCAUAGAAAAUGGGAGAGCGAUUAAUCCUGGCCAUUCACUGAAAUUAACUUUUUUGCUA